AUGGAGUACAAGCACUUCAGCCAUGUUCAUGGCCUGGUCUAUCAGCAAUUGCCACAAGGCACAGAAGUUCAUUGCUCCGGCUGCAAAUUUCCGGGCUCCGGCUGUCUUUACUCAUGUUGGCAGUGCAGUUACUUUCUUCACGAGCAAUGUUUUCAGGCAAGCCGUUCUCUCAAACACCCUUCCCAUCCCGCUCAUCCUUUAACUUUAGUCCCAUAUCCUACUUAUCCCUCCAAUUCUUUCUACUGCAACACUUGUAAUCUUGUUGGAAAUGGUUUUUCUUAUUGUUGUUCUGAAUGUGAUUUUGACCUUCAUGUUCAUUGUGCCUUCAAGCCUAAUGCGACUCCUUUGCAAGAAACUUUGUCCCCUGCUCCUAACUACCACAGUUACCCGAAUGUUGGGUAUGGAACACAGAAUUUUAGUCCUCAUCCAUCAUCUCCAAUUGAUCAAACUGCCGGCUAUUCUUUCCAUAAUGCCAAUUUUCCCUCGAGUUAUCCUGCAUCAUCUGAAACAGGGAGCUAUUAUGAAAGCAUCCAACAUAAUGCUAGCUCAAAUCCUCCCCUGCAUAACUCCCCGAUGCCUAGUGGCUACCCUGGAUCCAUCCAACAUAAUGCCACCCCAAAUCCUCCAUCCAAUACCUCAUUGAUGCCUAAUACCUAUCAGGAAUCCAGCCAACAUAAUGCUAGCUUUAACGCUCCCCCGCAUAACUCACCGAUGCCUAAUCUUAAUGCCUCACCAGCUAGUGUGCCGAGCCAUCAGGUUUCAGGGACUGCUCCAGCUGGAAAUUCUCCAGUCGUUAAUAGCCAAAUAAAACCACCAGAGGCAAGUUCUUCACUGCCGCAGCCAUCUGAGCCGGUUAGAAUCUCACUGCUCAGUAAUCCAUCAAAAGUACAGGAGGUCAAGCAUUUCAGCCAUCAACAUGCGCUGCAACUAAAUGACAUCAAAGAUACAUCUCCAAAAGUGUGUUCAGGCUGUGAGGAUAAUCUUACAGGCUCAGCUUAUAGCUGCGUUGAAUCCCAAUGCAAUUUCCACCUCCACAAGUCCUGUUUCGAGUUGCCACGAGAGAUUCGUCAUAAAUCUCACCUUGAUCACCCCUCACACUACUAGCUAAACCAGCUUCA